CGCUUCAUAGUGUUAGCACAGGGCAGUGCAGUAGCACGUUUGGUUCUCUGUCUCAUGUAUAUACACACUUGAAAAAAAAAAUAUAUAUACACACACAUAGGGAAAAGAAAACCCUAUCUAUAUGCAUAGAUACACACAUCCACACGCGUUGCAUUCAACAUUUCCACAGGAGGAUGGCGGCUGCAACAAGCAGUAGCAGCAGCAACAACAACCCCAGCUCGGCAUUGCAAAUGAAACAUUCCAGCAGCAGCAGCAGCGAGCCCAGCACCAGGAAGCGGAUAGACCCGAGGAGGAGGCAGGCGGCACUCAGCUUUCUCACCAACAUCUCUCUGGAUGGGCGCCUCACACAGGAUGAGGCUGAGGAGCAGGAGGACGGAGCAGCAGCUGCUGCCGCCGAUGCCGAGGCGAGCAGGACUAGCCGGCUGAGCAGCAUCGGCGAGGCGGCUUUGCCUUUCAGAGCCGGCGCUGCAGUCCUUCCCGCCGCCGCCUCUCCCUUUCCUCCUUCGGACGAGGAAGCGGAGCGCAGGUUUCAGCCGAGCGGAGCUGCUGCAUCCCCUCUCCCCGCUCCAUCUGCUCCUGCAGGCGGCGGUAGCAGGGCAAGGAUCAACUCCUUCACUCAGGGAAUACUGCCUGCUGCCUUCUUAAGACAAGCAUCAGUCCCAAACUACUGCCUGGAACAGGGGCAGAUGGGCAGCAGCACUCUUGAUUUGCAAAGGUCCAGGCGCCGGCUGAUUUCCCAGCGUUCUUCAUUAGAAACUCUUGAAGAUAUUGAGGAAAAUGCUCCAUUGCGGAGAUGUAGGACUCUAUCAGGUUCACCCAGACCAAAGAGCUUUAAGAAAAUUCACUUUAUCAAAAAUAUGCGACAGCAUGACACCAGAAACGGCAGGAUAGUGCUAAUCAGUGGCAAGAGAUCCUUCUGCUCAGUGUUUUCAGUAAUGCCAUAUCGAGACAACAGUCAGACAGGGGAUAUGAAGGCAGAGGGCGGGAGGCAGAGGCAUCCUUCUGGUGGAGUCGGUGCCAAGGAGAUGGUGAUUGGUCUUGAAGGAGUGGAACUCGGUGCUGAUGGCAAGACUGUUAGCUACACUCAGUUUCUUUAUCCGACCAACGUCUUGGGCGGCAGGCGGAAUACAAUUGAUUCUACUGCUUCACUGUCCCAGUUUCGGAACAGCAGCCAUCGUAAUCUUCCUCUUGGGAGAGCAAACAGUUCCCAAGGAAGCAUUGACACAGGCACUGAAGUGGGGGAGUUUGCGGAAUAUGACCCUAAUUUGCUGGAUGACCCGCAAUGGCCAUGUGGAAAACAUAAAAGAGUUCUGAUCUUCCCUUCCUAUAUGACAACAGUGAUUGAAUAUGUCAAACCCUCCGAUCUGAAAAAGGAUAUGAAUGAAACCUUCAGAGAAAAGUUUCCCCAUAUCAAAUUGACCCUCAGUAAGAUAAGAAGUCUGAAGCGCGAGAUGAGGAAGUUGGCUCAGGAGGAAUGCGGCCUGGAAGAGCCCACUGUAGCCAUGUCCUUUGUCUACUUUGAGAAGCUGGCCCUCAAAGGCAAACUGAAUAAGCAAAACCGAAAACUCUGUGCCGGUGCUUGUGUUUUACUAGCAGCCAAAGUAGGCAGUGAUCUACGAAAGCAUGAAGUCAAGCAGCUGAUAGAUAAACUGGAAGAAAAAUUCAGACUUAACAGGCGUGAACUGAUAGCAUUUGAAUUUCCAGUGUUAGUGGCCUUGGAAUUUGCUCUUCAUCUUUCUGAAAAUGAGGUGCUGCCACACUACAGAAGACUUACCCAGAACUCUUAGCCCAGGCUAUGUAUUAGCUGGAGAGGCUGAGGCUCUUGUGAUAAGCAUGUGUCCUCCCACACCAUCCCCAGUGGAUCUCCAAGUGCUGCUGGAAGUAAACUAAAUACGAAGAACUUUAAAGAUUGGAAUAGCUUUCUGUAACAUAUGCGUGUACUGAUAAGCCACUGCAUAAAACAAACAGAUCUAUUUUUAUAUAUCCACUGAUGGAAAUGCACUUUCGUGGCCCGAAGAUGUAGCGUUGAUGUUUUUCUCAGUCUAUAUUUCUGAACACGAUGUCUAUUUAUUUAACAUCGACUAUCAAUUCUGAACAACAGUUAAAUUGUUUUAAUAUGAAGAAUUUUGAAGAACAGUUUCUGUUUCUUCUACAUUAUAUACUGAAUUAUCAUAUGAUUGUUUCUUAAGGAAUUUACUUCCAAACACUGAACUUUUUCCAGUAUUACCAAACAGAUUAGAGUGAAAAAAAAUUUGUUAACUUUAUACAUUUGUGUAUGAAGCUGUUCCUUUCCCUUGCCCAUAUUACAUUUUUACAAGUGUCCCUGUUGUGGAGCACUACUGAAUGAUGGAGAUGAGUAAGACUGCACUCUUUAGUUUCAUAAACAUGCUCUAUGUUAGAGUUCAUAUUGAGCACGUUUGUUGUGCUGUGUUGGGGUUUUAGUCUUUAAAAAAUAACUUUUUGUUGAACCAUUGAUGUAAAAUUGGUAUAAAUCCGAUUGCUGGAUUUAUUUUUUUUCUCUUCCUUAUCUGGCAUUACUUUUCCAAUGUUUUAUUAUCUUUUGAUAAUGCUUGACUGGUGAGAUAUUUGAAUGAUGAGCUUUUGCACUUCAUCUUUGCACUGUUAGCUGAUGAAAACAAGCCAUAUUUAUCAGAACAAACAAGCACAAACUUAGGCCAGUAUCUGUUACUACAUUCUGUUUUCUGCUGGUGACUUAGAGCAAAGACAAUAUAUUGUUCUGAAAAAUACAAACAGGUUUAACAAAGUACAGACCUACCAACCAGAAAUGCUGAAUGUACAAACACAAUUAACCCAAUUUCCCCAGUGAUAAUUCAGAUUUCUAAUUUUCAACAAAUUCUAUUCAAAAGUGAAUUCCAGUUCAUAUGCAUUUUUCAUGUUAAAGAUCAUAUACUGUACCUUAUACUGUCGCUUUGAAAACUGAUUUACUGAGUAAAACAAGUUGUUUCAAACAUU